UUCAUCCUGUCAGAACCAACCAGAUACAAUAAUGAGGAGAUCAGGAUUGUGAUGGUGGGGAAGAGUGGAGCUGGAAAGAGCGCCACAGCAAACACCAUUCUGGGAAAAAGGAGCUUUGAAUCAAAGUUCUCCCCUAAAUCUUUGACCAAACACUCUGCUAAGGCCUCUGGUGAGGUGGAGGGACAAAAAGUUGCUGUCAUCGACACUCCAGGUCUGUUUGACACCAGCACUGAUGAACAGACAACCAAUAAGGACAUUGCCCAGUGCAUUACUUAUGCUUCUCCUGGACCUCACAUCUUCCUGGUCGUCAUCAGACUGGGCAGAUUUACAGAAGAAGAGAAGAACACAGUUCAGAAGAUUCAAAAAAUCUUCGGAGAGGAAUCAGACAAAUACAGCAUGGUUCUCUUUACCCAUGGUGACCAGCUUCAUGGUGAAACUAUUGAGAACUUCUUGGCAGAAAGCGAGGAGCUUCAGGAACUUGUGGUCAAAUGUAACGGUCAGUACCACGUCUUUAAUAAUGACCUGAAAGAUC